AUGAAGCAGCUGCUCUUCAAACUGAUAGGCCUCCUCUUUAGUUACAUGUCAUGGGUUUUUGGUAUAACCCUAGCUAAGAGCAGAUCCUGGCGCGUAUGGGAAUUUGACAGCAAGGUUGUUCACGUCGUAUUCACUGGACUUUGGGAAGCUUUUUAUUUUCAAAAUUUUAACAUCUCUGGUUCAAUGGUUGAUUUUCCAAUGCACAGCACUAUCAAUGAAACCUGGGCCAUUUCGACUGAAAUUAAGUAUGGGCGGGACCUGAUAUUGUUGGCUAAUUUUAUGAAGUCAUCAGUCCUGAUUUUCAGCUCAACAGCCUUUUGGAUCAGCUGGAUCAAGGCCCCAUACCCAGAUUUUAUCCAGUCCUAUUACAACAUCUCUGCCUUCUUUCUUUUCUUCAGCUGUGUUUGUACGGCUGGUACAGUGACCUGGAAUUUCGCCGUGGAUUUUUAUGGCCAAACCACCCUUGACUUUCCACUUAGCUUUCCUGUUGAAAAAGAAAGCCUAACAAAGAAACACUUCACCUAUGUGUUUCCACUAGGAAUCAUAACUGCCACACUCUCACUAAGUGACUUGGGGGCCAGCAGCAUCGGCAUCAAUGGAGAGCCUGUGAGGAGCGCAGUCUGGGCCCCGCUCCAGACCUGCUCCAUCAGCGUCUGCAUUUCCACGAGAUCCCCGGGUGACCGCGCACACACGAACGCUUGCGAGCCCCUGGCGUGA